AGGCGGAGGAGGAGUGAGAGGAGGAGGAUGAAGAAGAAGAGUUUGUUCUGUUCUCCAAACCAGCAGAUGGCGCUAAGAGCUCCCAAACCAUAUUCAGAAAACAACACUGGACUUCCUCGCGUCCAUGGUCCUGCCGCUGCUGAACGCCAUGGAUACCUCCUCGACGCCUCCCUUGGCAUCUCUCCGCCUGUUGCUGUCUCCUGUGCGGCUGGUGUCGGCCUGCCUGUGGCAGAUCGUGGAGGGACAGCACCUGGAGCACUACGAGCAGCUGGAGAACUUUGUGACUCUGGUGACUAAGAUUGUUCCAGACGUGCUGAGCCCGAGACAGACGGCCACGCUCAUCAUGGGGCUUAGAGCAAAGGUGUUGUUGGAGAUGUGCAGAGGCGACCUACCCGUUGACUCUGAGACUGUUAAGAAUCACCUGCAGCAAAUGCAGUCUACUGAUCCUGUACAGUCAAAGAAUUCAGAAAUGGAUCGUUUUCAAACAGACUUCUUGAAUCUUAUUUUAAGUCUGUUGGAAGACCCAGCCAAAAAGGAAGACUUCUUUCAGAGAGUCUAUCCCGUGGAGUAUGGAGCUGACUUUGACAAGGCUCUGCAGGUCCUGGUGGCGUAUUUCAUCUCCAGGCUGGAGCUGCUGCUCCCCACGCCGAACUUCAAACAGGUUGCCUCCUGGAUGAGUGGCUCGUAUCUCUGGGAUGAGUGUCAUCAGUACAUCACCAAGACAGAGCACCUCCAGCAUCUCAUACAGCACAACAGCGACACGCCUCUCAACAGCAACGCGCUUCCAUCUCUCGUGGAGGAGCGCAUCAUCUCUGCGUUGUCCCCGGCAACCGCUGUGGACUCCACUCAUAGCCAAAGCAUCUCUCAGAAGAACACGUCCUCUCAACUGGACGACCUGCUUGCCCAAGAUUCUCAGGGUGUCAACACAACCUCAGAUGCAGCAAGCACAGCAGAUGACCAGGUGUCGCUCGCUUCUCAUAACAGUGUUGACCACGACUAUUCUGCUGGACCUUCGUCUGAUCUGAGGGACAACGAGGAGAGUUCGAGGACGGGUGGCUCUAUUGCUGCACAUGGUGCUCAACACAACUCAACUCUCUCUGGUGACUCGCUCCAGAUGAAUGCCACGUUGACUCUCCCAGGCCAGAAUGCCAGAAGCAGCAGCAGCCAGCAGAAAACCAAAGGAACUGUGAAAGGGGCCCGACGGGAUGCGACCAACACCCAAACUGCCGUCCAAUCAGCAGGAAAGGGUUCAAAGAAGUGUCCGCACUGCAGCAGGAGUUUCAGUGUCAUCUCUGACCUGCUGCGCCACCUGAAGUACCAUCAGCGUCCACAGCUGAGGGCCAGCUCCAAAUCCUCCCUGUACUCCUGCACCACCUGCACCGCCACCUUCCUCUCCCUGGCCAGCCUGCAGAGACACCAGACGGCCAUGCACAGCCGUGUCCACAAGUGCUCCUUCUGUGAGCAGGCGUUUGAAAGGAUGUCGGAGCUGCUGCGUCACAUGAUCAUGACCCAUCAGGGGCCCGACCCCAAGCCCAACACGGAUCCGAAUCCGAACCCGAACCCGGACGCCGAGCCAGCCACCACGUCAUUAAGGAUGACCUGUGAUGACGAGGGGCCGGAGGAUGAGGCACCGGAGGAAGAUGGGCCGGAUGAGCCUUCGCAAGAGAAGCCAUCGCCGGAGAAGCCAGCACGGGAAGUCAGCGCCAGAGCCAAAGCCAGAGCCGAACGCAGAGCCAGAGCCGAAGCCAAAGCUGCCGCCACAGGACCCGAAGAGGAAGGCUGCAAAUACUGUGGCAAGACCUUCGACACCAUAAUCGAGCAACUGACCCAUGAGAAGACGCACAUGGAGAUGACACCGUAUCACUGUCGGCAGUGCCCCAAGUCUUUCGUGACCAGGUCCAGCAUGCUGCGCCACGCGGCCAAGCACACGGGGAAGCUGCCCUGCCUGUGCGACACGUGCGGCAAGAGUUACUCUAGCGCCGAGGACCUGAGGCGCCACAUCAACCAUUGCCACUCGGACGGCAAACACUGCUGCCCGCACUGCGGAAAGAUGUUCAGCACCGCCGGAAACCUCAACAUUCACAUCCGCAUACACACAGGGGAGAAGCCGUACAUAUGCGAGACUUGUGGAAAGGCCUUCAAGAGUGCGGGGGACCUUCAGCUGCACAUUCGUUUCCAUACGGGAGAGAGACCUUACAAGUGUGCGGUGUGUGACAAGGGCUUUGUGAGCUCCAGCCACCGACUCACCCACUCGCGCAUGCACACGGGAGAAAAGCCCUACCAGUGUUCCGUCUGCGAGCUCCGCUUCGCGAGGACGGGUUCUCUGAAGAGUCACAUGAUGACGCACACGGGCGAGAAGAAGUUCACAUGCCCCGAGUGCCCCAGUCGCUUUAGGAGGACAACGCAGCUGCGUGCACACAUGGAAAGGAAACAUCAGACGAAGAAGCGGGGCCAGCAGCUUUAAAGUUGUACUGUGGUUUAUUUCCAGAAUUCAUGCUGCCCAUUCACAAAUGUUACCAUUUCACAAAUACUUGCCACCGCCAUCAAAUUCAUAGUUCUCAUUAUUACUGGAAACAUCGUAUUUUUAAUAAAUGAAAAAAGGGAUCUUGUCCAUGUCAGCCAUUUUGAAUGUCCAGAAAUAGAUUUUUUUAGCUGCAAGACGUACUGCACUUUGGUCAUACUAAAUAUUGUAAAGGAGCACAUGAUGACGCACAUGGACGAGAGGAACUGCACAUGCUCAGAGUGCUCUGUCAGCUUUAGGAGGAAAAAGGACCUGAAUCUCACCUGGAGAGGACACACUGCCACGCAAAGCAGGGCCCACUGACCGCUUUGGCCGGGCCAAGGACAAAAUAAUCAGCAAAAAAAGGUGGAUCGUCUCCACGUCCACCAUUUUGAAUUUGCAGAAAUAGAUAACUUUUAGCUGCAAAAAUGACUGUACUUUGGUCAUCCUACUGAAUACGUGUUAGUUUAUUGCAUAGUAAAUAUUCAUGGAAUGAUACAAUUUGGGAAUAGGCAACACAGUUGCAACGAGCAGCAUAGUUGGAAAUACCUACUCGGGCCACCACAUUCCUACACCUUUUAAAUAAAUCAACCUUUGAAACCUUU